GCAUGCUCAUUAGGUACGCCUCUCUCUAAGUCUCAACACAGCUAGACCUCAAUCUCUAAACACCCGGCACCAUGGCGCUAAAGCGAAACAACAUGAUACCCAACGCGCACUUCCACAAACACUGGGAUCGGCGCGUGCGUACGUAUUUCGACCAGCCGGGACGCAAAAAGCGACGCCGUCUGCUUCGUGUGAAGAAGGCACGAACCAUAGCGCCUCGACCGUUGGCGGGUCCCCUCAGACCGAUAGUCAGGUGCCCGACCUUCAAGUACAACUGCAAGGUGCGCGCCGGUCGUGGGUUUACUCUCGAGGAGCUGAGGGCUGCGGGUAUUAGUCCGAAGUAUGCGCAGACGAUAGGAAUUGCUGUGGACCAUCGGAGGCGGAAUAAGUCGACGGAAUCGUUGCAGGCGAACGUGCAGAGGUUGAAGGAGUACAGAAGCAAGCUUAUUGUAUUUCCGAAGAAGUUGAGCAAGCCGAAGAAGGGCGAUAGUGAUGCCGAGGAACUCAAGUUGGCACAACAGUUGGGUGGUCCUCUGAUGCCCAUACAACAAGUAUUCCCUCCCAGCAAAGCUCGCGAGAUCACCGACGAAGAACGAAAGAUCAGUGUGUUCAACUCGAUGCGUGUAGCUCGCGCUAACGCUCGUCUAGCCGGUGUUCGAGCAGUGAAAGCAAAGAAAGCAGCCGAGGAAGCAGCGCAAGAUCCGCUCAAGAAGAAGUGACGACAAGAAUUGUAACUAUCGUACGAUUAUGCUACCUACCUCUAUUGUCAAUAAAAGUUACACCUGACUUACCAA